AAUAUGUAAAUUCCCCCAACAAAAGCGCAGAUUCGCCGCGCAGCAGAAACAGAGAAUUUAAGUGCGCAGCCUGAACAAACCGCCGCCGCCGCCCCUUCCUCCGGCGCGCCAGCAGCCAUGGUGAAACGGUGGCUCCCCCUCGAGGCCAACCCGGACGUCAUGAACCAGUUCAUGUGGGGACUGGGGGUCCCCGAGGACGUGGGGUUCUGCGACGUGUACGGCCUCGAUGACGAGAUGCUCGCCAUGGUCCCCCAGCCCGUGCUCGCCGUCAUCUUGCUCUACCCCCAGGACCGGAUCAAGGAAUCCCAGUCAUCGACUGCCACACCAGUGGAGACCAAGGAGCCCAGCAAAAAUGUAUAUUUCACAAGGCAGAUGAUUGGAAACGCCUGUGGAACAGUUGGUAUUAUUCAUGCACUGGGAAAUGCUGCUUCCAAAAUCAAGCUAGGUGAGGGGUCGUAUUUUGAUAGAUUUUAUAAACAAACCGCUGAUAUGGAUCCAGUCCAGCGUGCUGCAUUUCUUGAGGAGGACCAAGAAAUGGAGAAUGCUCAUUCUGUUGCCGUUUCUGCUGGUGACACAGAGGCCAAGGAUGGAGUAAUUGAACAUUAUAUUUGUUUCUCUUGUGUCGAUGGAGAACUUUAUGAGCUUGAUGGAGGUACCUCGCGGCCAAUAUCCCAUGGCCAUUCGUCCCCUGAUACCUUGUUGCAGGAUGCUGCAAAAGUUAUAAAAGAAAGACUUGCACUGUAUCCCGAGUCAAACAACUUCAAUGUCAUGGCUCUUUCAGGCAGGUGAUAAAUAUAUACAGCCCGAGAUAUCAACCCGUGAACGUUCUCGUUUGCUGCAGCCUCAGUUUCAGUCCAACAGAGAAGCAGUAUUUAGUAAUGUUCUCUGGCUUUUGUUUUAAUAUUCGAACACGCGAGAACGAAAUAACAUGGCGACAACAAUAAUGUAUCUACGCAGAGCUCUUUGGUACC